ACUAUUUACAUACUCAUUGUUCAGCGCCUGAUCAAACAGCAUAGCACACAGUAUAGAGGUGUGCAAAGUCACACAAUUUUUUUCUUAUUCCAGCAGUCUGUGUAACACAAACCUGCGUUGGGUUUAGUUGCACCCACAGUAUUUAACAAAAAAAACGUAGGGACGUUUAAAAGGUGUAUAAAGGAUUUAGUAGCUUGUACAGUAUAUGAUAGUGAAAGUCCAUUUCCAAUAAUGUUAAUGUUUAAACUGGUCCGCGAUUACUUUCGCUUUUAAAAUCACAUAACUAAUGGUUCUACAAAAUCAGUUCAAAAAGUACCCGCAUUUUCCCUCUUAUCUUUACAUUGUAGAGCAAGCAGUAUAUAUAGACAUAUAGACGCAAGUAUAGUGAAAAUGGCUUCGAACGGAAAAACAUUUUCGAUUUUAUUCGUUCAUGAUGAAUUCGAAGCGAUCUCCUGCUGUUAACCGUCGUUCGCCAGCACCAAGUUUUCAAACACCUCGUCCCUAUUCUAUGUACGUCAGUUCGAGGCAUUUAAAAACAAGCCAAGAUAACAUUUCACUGACGUCGUCUUCUAGUUCGUCUUCUUUCAGCGAAGUUCAUUCUACAAACGGAGGAAAUCAAACGCUUGACUCAAAACAAAAAAGGAAUUCCUCUGCCGAAUUACUGUCUACACCAGACUGCAGUGGAGUAAUCAACGGUUUAGUGUGUGGGAACCGAACUCUUGACGUUUACGAAAAUUCAUCUGCUGAGCUUACACAUAGUCGUUCUAUCCAACAAAAGAAAAAGAAAAAGUCUCCAUCAAAAAGGCUUGCAGUCAUGCAAGUUGCAGGGCCAAACACCAGAACAUGGUUAACACCAAAAACUAUAAAACGGCUUGCUACACCAGGCCCUGUGUUUGGAACUUGCAUUUCGAAAUCGGGAAACUGUUAUGUUUCGGUCGUAUCCAUUAAAGGUGAAAGACUAAUUCAAGCAUAUGACAAAAAUUGUAAUUUAGUCAAGUCAUUUCCAACUCGAGCAACAAAAGGAGGAAAAGUUUUUGAACCUUACCAGAUUUACGAGAUGCCCGAUGACAACUUGGCUGUGGCGUGUGGCAAUUGCGUCACAGUAUGGACAAAAGAAGGAAAACUGGUGGUGGAGCAUGGUCGGAAUCUUUUCAAGUUCGCUAAGUUUCUUGCUGUUCGAUCAACAGGCGAAAUUGUCGUUGCCGACUCUGAUGGUGAUUCAGUGAAAAUCAUCUCUGCUGGUGGACAGCAGAUCAACAAACUUAAUUGCGAUUUUAAAGGACCAACAGGGGUAGCGGUGGAUAGCAAUGAUAAUAUUAUAGUUGCUGACUGGAAAGACCAAAUUCGAAUAUUCGACACUGAUAAUGUACUUGUGCGUUCGUUUGGGCACAAAGGUGACGGUGACGGAGAAUUCGAUUUACCGUAUGGAAUUUCAGUCGAUUGCGAGGACAACAUAGUUAUAUCUGAUAUGUGGAACGACCGAGUGUCCAUUUAUACAUCUGAAGGACAAUUUAUAAAACACAUCGUACCUACUGCGGGCAUCUCUCAAAUUCUUCGGCGACCAGCGUUUAUUUCAGUUUCUUGCGGAAAGAUACCAGAAGACAAUCGACUUGCAGUCACCGAUUUCUUAGCUUCGGCUGUCCGAGUGUUUUCCUACUAGUGGUGAAACCAAUAUGAUAAACAUCAUUAUUGAAACCAAUAUAUUAGUAUAUAUCGUUCUUUUAAAUUCGAUGCUAUUUUAUUUUAUUCAGUAAUAAAAUAUAAGUUGGCCAGUUUUCAAGCAAGUACAAAGAAUGAUGGAUUUACAAACGCCUUCUAUAUAUUUGCUGUUUCCACUUGAUUGAUACUAAGUAUAACAACUUGUACGUCAAACCGUAACAAUCAAAUUAAGUGAACGACUUUAUUGUGUGAUUAUGGUCUGUACAUUAAUAUAUGUUUAAAUACAUUUCUUUAACUCCAAA